AACAUCCAUUUAUAUUCACGACAAGGGAAAAAAAGAACGAGGAGGUGCAGCGCACAGUAGGUGCAGCGCACAGUAUGUGGUGGUGGAGGGAGUAACUCCCCCAUUGUUUUGUGGCACGAUGAAGCAUUUCCAUCCUUUACGAAACAAACGCUUUGUCUACGAGCUCAGGUCGCCUGCGGCAUCCCUUUGCUAAGCACUUGACGGCCUCCCUUUACUCUCGCCGCCCCUCCCGUUGUCUCCCCCCACCAUGCUGGACCCCGGAGGAAACCUCCGCCCUCAUCGACGCCUACCGCGACAAGUAGUACUCCCUCGGCCGCACCAACCUCAAAGCCACCCACUGGCAAGAGGUCGCUGAUGCCGUCACUGCCUUGUGCCCCAACACUUCCCCCACUGCCAAAACCGCCAUCUAGUGCCACCACAAAAUGGAAAGACUCCGCAAACGCUACCGCACCGAAAUCCAACGCCUCCGCUCCCUCCCUCUCCCUCGCCUCAUCAACAACUCCACCACCGCUUCUCCCUCCUCCUGGGUUCACUUCAAAUCCAUGUUUUCCGUGGAAAAAGGCCCCAACAAACCCCACACUAUCACCGCCACCAACCCCAACAUCCCCACCAACAACCUCAAUUUCCCCGACGACGACAACGACGACGACGAUCUGUUCGAGGAAUUCAAGAACACCCCCGGAUCCAACACGCGCAGCCUCAAUAAACUCUACAAGAACGGUUUCGGAUCCAGAUUCGCCUCUGGGUUCCGGAUCCGAAUCCCGGCUGAAGAAGCUGACUUCUUUGGAGAUAUUGUUCCUCCAAAAUUGAAAAUUCCUUCCAUAAUUAGGACACCUGACAUGUCUGCAAUGCAUCAUGAUGCUUCUUCAGAUCUGAAUGUGAUUGGAACCAAAUUGAAGGAUCUAUUAAAGGAGCUUUGAUGCUGCUGACUGUUUGAAACAACAUCCAACGUAAGGUCGAGUUGCAGAGUUUGACAUGCCUACAAGACUAUUAGAGGACAAGUCUUCCAUGUUUCUGAAGUUGGUGACUGAGUAUUCAUCAUGUUCGAGUGGUAUACCAGAAUGUUAGAUCAAAUGGAAUGUGUUAAUGGUUUCUUAAUGUGGUGUCUUAAAGAUAGUUCAAAAGUUGAAGCAGGAAGUUUAACUUAGUUUUCGGUAUAUCAACAUUUUAGUGGUUGUAUUCAAAUGAGUUUAUAUAUUUUUCAUGCUAAAAAGGAAAGUCCAUGGACUGGCCCUAACCCAUAGGGCUUUGGGGGUAUUUGGUCCUGUGGACUUUUUUAAUAAAAGAUUUUUUUGGUCCUGUGAACUUUUUUGGUCCCAACCCAUGUGGGCUAGGACCUAUGAUGGAGGCUUAUUUGACGGGUCUACA